AUGAAGCUCUUGCCCAUACAGACGAUGGUACUGCUAUCACUGAUUACUUUUGUCUUAGGGCUACCGCUGCCGAUGUACAUCAAUUCGAAGGAGGAACAGGGCGUUCCGAUGCUGGACCAAGCCUCUGAACGAGUUUCUAGCCCCGCAAGCAGCUCAAACAUAUCCCAACGCCCCCUUAUUGCUCUCCCGCAAACCAUUGCUUACGAAUCGCCGGAUGAUCAGUCAUGGCUUCCUAAGCAAGCAAAGAAGCUCAAGAAAUCGCUGUCGUUUUCUGGCAAGAUGAAAUCAGACAGCGCGAUGGAGCGAAUGCUCAAUGAUCGUUCCAGUCACGCAAGGAUCGACGAAUCUGUAGACACACUCACGAGGGAGCCGACGAAGAUCUCAGGUCUGCAGGCCAUUCAACUUCCGGAAGAUCGGGCAUAUGGCAGCCAGGCGUUGGCAGUGAUGACGAGUCGAGAAAAGUCCUUCUUGGCAGUCGACAAACGCGGUCGAGUCUGGUUCUUCAAUGCAAAACGGGAUCCAACCGGCAAGGUUUAUUUCACAUACAAUGGCAAUCUGAAAGAAGGACAUGACGACUCGAUUAGACAGGCUGUCAUGAACAGUGCCACCAAAAAUACUGGAGCGGCAAGGAGACUGUCUUUCGAGGAGUUAAGGUACAUUCGUGGCCCUUGA